AGCUGUGAGUCACAGGCCGAGCUCGAGUCUGUUGGGCCGGUGGAUAGCUCCUCUCUCUCAGCUUUGUGAGGUUCACGUCUAUAAAUACCCCCGGCUGGCACAAUGACUGACGGUCACAGACAGCUGCAGUCACCAGCCAACCAACGAGGGGAGAGUAUCCAUACCGAUCCUAACGGCCUCGUGAAAACCGACAGUCCGGCCACGCAGAGGAAAGUAAGAAGGGAGUCCACCAGACCCAACCAGGACAAGACAACAAAAUGGCUGCCAUGACGAUAGACCCAGUGCAGCAGCCUCGGAUGUACCAACAGACUUUGCUACAGGACGGACUCUGUGACCUUCUGGAGAAUGACAAGUUUGUGGACUGCGUCCUCAAAAUCCAGGACAAGGACUUCCCCUGCCAUCGCCUGGUUUUGGCUGCCAGCAGCCCCUUCUUCAAGGCCAUGUUCCUGUCAGACUUAGAGGAGAGCAAGAAGCGGGAGAUAGUCCUCAAAGAUGUGGACCCCAGUGUCAUGGGCAUGAUCCUGCGCUACUUGUACACAUCUGACAUUAAUCUGACGGAGCAGAAUGUCCAGGAUAUCUUCAUGGUUGCCAACAUGUACCAGAUACCGUCCAUCUUUUCCGUGUGUGUGACCUAUCUCCAAGAGAAGCUUGUCCUGGCCAACUGCCUGGCCAUCUUCAGACUGGGGCUCCUUCUGGAUUGUCCAAGGCUUGCUCUGAGCGCAAGAGAGUUUAUCUGCGAGCGCUACCAGAUUGUUGUCAGAGACCAGGACUUUGUGCAGCUCAGCCCAAGCGAGCUGGCCAUCCUUAUUACCUCGGACGCCCUGAACGUUGAGCGGGAGGAGCUGGUGUUCGAAUCCCUGAUGGACUGGGUCAGGCACGACGAAACAAAGAGGCUAAAAGAUCUACCAAAGUUGCUGCACUGUGUUAGAUUCAGGCUCAUACCAGUGGACUAUUUCAAAGAAAAAGUUGAGCGUCACCAGUACAUCCGGUUCGACCAAGAGAUCAAGAAGGAGCUGGAACUUGUCAAGGAUGCUCACCAAGGGCGUUUGCCCAAGGCCAAGAAGCCCUCUGGUGACGGGGCAACAGGAGGGGAAGAGAGUGAGGAUGAAAAUGAGGAGGAAGGAUACCUGCCGGGGAUCCUCAACAACAACCCUCGCUUUGGCAUGUUUGAGAUGGACCUAAUGCUCAUGAUCAGCAACACGGGGACUGUGGCCUACGACCCGGUAGGGAACGAAUGCUUUGUGGCGUCAGAAUCAACGGAGAUUCCCAAAAACCACUGCAGUCUGGUGACCAAGCAGAACCAGAUUUUUGCCAUUGGAGGACUUAUUUACAACGAGGAGGACAAAGAUGACCCAUUCAAAUCUUACUUCCUUCAGUUUGACCCGGUAAGUUCGGAAUGGUUGGGCAUGCCCUCACAACCCAACCCUCGCUGUCUGUUUGGCCUGACUGAAGUGGAGAACUCCAUCUUUGUGGUCGGUGGAAAGGAACUAAAGGAAGGAGAGCACGCCCUGAAUUCAGUCAUGAUCUAUGACAGACAGUCGUUCAAAUGGGGGGAGUCCGACCCGCUGCCUUAUGAAGUGUACGGUCAUGGAACUGUAUCACACAAAGGUCUCGUCUAUGUCAUUGGAGGAAAGUCUGAGAGCAAGAAGUGCAUGCGGAGGGUCUGUGUGUACAACCCCACUAAGUUUGAAUGGAAGGACCUGGCUCCUCUGAAAACAGCCCGCUCUCUGUUUGGUGUCACCGUCCACAACGACCAGAUCGUCGUGGCAACAGGAGUCACGGACUCAGGCCUCACCGCCUCUGUGGAAGUCUAUGAUGUAGCCACCAACAAGUGGUCUGAAUUCACAGAGUUUCCUCAGGAGCGCAGCUCCCUGAAUCUGAUCACUAUGGGAGGUUUCCUGUAUGCAGUUGGGGGGUUUGCCAUGAUGCCCACUGAAACCAGUGAGGACCCCGUCCCAACAGAAAUGACAGACAUCUGGAGAUAUGAUGAGUCAGAGAGCAGCUGGAUUGGGGUUUUGCGUGAGAUUUGCUAUGCAGAGGGAUCCACCAUUCUUCCAGUUCGUCUCAACACUCUCCGUCUCACCAAGUUAUAACCCACCUGCAGUCACCUGCCUCAAGGUUGAAGAAGCAGGACUCAGCUGGCACUAUAUUGAAUUAUCACACAGACAUAUAAUCAGAAUAGGGGAAGGAAAUAAUUAAGAGUAAGAACAUAAAUUGGUUUCUGAGGAUCAUUUUUGAAAAGGUUAAUCAGCAUCAAUUGUUUUGUUCCAUGUCUAACAGCAGGGGGAGACAGACCCAUGUCAAACCUGGUGGGGAGGGAGGAGAGGACAAAUGAUCACACCCAGUUUGAUUGUCAAAAGCUAAAAUGUGUAAUGUACAUUAUUUUUGCGAUACUGUCUCAUUAAUCUUAUUUUCUACAUAUAAUACUGUGUUCAGGUAGUAAAAAUCACCAUAACUGUGUUGCAUUCACUGAUUCUUGAUCUCUAAGCUGGAAUUAUACUGAAGCUUCAUGCACUGGU